GACUUGAUAUCCCUCAUUCUCUACAUACACGACAAUGCAAUGAUGAGCUUUUCGAAGGGCAACGAAACAGCUACCGUUCGCACGGGCAGCGGCAUCCGCCAAGGUCAAAGCGCACUGCAUGGCUACGGUUGGAAACGAGGAGCUGGCCAGAGCGGCCGAAGAGCGAAGCCCGCCCAGACCACUCCGACCUCGACAGUGGCUCCCAGUCAGGCGUCGACGGACAUGGCUUUGGACCGCAGCUCGAAGAGAGAGGGGGACGCAGUGACGGGCCCGGAGGAGGGGCGAGCCAAGUGGCAACGCGGACAAGGCAAGGGAACGCAGCGCCCAAAAGGCAAACGGAGCCAGCAGCAGUCUUGGUGGGAAAAGGACCGAGGCCAAAGAGGCUACAGCAAGUCAAACGAGGACUUGAAGAAUGUAGUCAAGGCUCUAGGCCGCCUAGUGCUCCGCCAGGAGGACAGCCUUUCGGUGAUGCAGCUCGAUUGCCAGUUCGUCAUUUUUAUGAAGAACAAGCCGGACACAGAUCAGGCGGUCAAUUGGAGCAUCACGAAUCAGCUUUUGUCGGUCGGCAACCACUGGUGGGAGCGGAAGGCUCAGGGCCCGAAAGCCUUAAGGCAGCCCUUGCGCACAGUCCUGUUCAGCUCCUGGCUGACUGCAAUCAAGUACCGGAUCAACGAGUUCACCAGCAACCCUUCUGUCAAGGAUCAGGAUCCCCUGACUGUAGCGGACACCCUCCAGACCCUCGAUCAGCUGCAGAAGAUCAUCAUCCAUCCCAACGUGAUUGGCCGCUUCCACCCACUGAGGAAGCUUACAGAGGGAAUGGUGUCAGAUGUGAUCCCCUGGACUCUAGAGAUCCAGAACCGAACGCAGGAAGCCCAAGCCGCUUACACGCUGAUUGGGAGGUUGGUUCGCAACGGGUGUACUCACCUGGCAGCCUCAACCCUGAGACCUUCCAAGCUGGGACGAUCUCCGCUGGCUAUCGCGGUGGACAAGAUGCAUCAUGACCCGGCAGCCUUCUUGCACUACCUUCAGCCUCUGAUUUUCACGGCAGGUUUCGGCAAGCGGACACGCGUGGCCGAUAUCACUCCCUGCCGUCCUGUUCACGGGCUGAGCAAGUUAUCGCCUGUGCUGGCCUUGCGCAUACACCGUUUCUCUGAAGCCAUAGCGGCGACGUGCUGUGCAACCAUACUGCCCAUUGAGCACUUCCGUUUUCGCAUACUGGAAGAGAUUUCCGAAUACUUGGCGGAGAUUGGAUCUUCUGGUGAGAACGCACGAGUCAUCAAUACUCUGGCUCUUGAUUUCACGAGGAAUCUUACAGGAGCGGACCUGCUGGCGUUUACACGUGAAGUGUUACCGUAUCCGAACGCUAGACAAGUGGAGGCGCGUCUGGCACUGGAAUAUCCCUUGCUGCACGCUUCCAUCCUGGCCUCGAUUUCGGCAUGGAGGCCAUUUGUCGAAGAGUUUUCUGGUCGAAAUGACGAGUACCAUGACGCAUAUUGGGACUCGCUGGACUUCGAGAAGGAAAAGCAUGUCACGUCAGUUAGCUACGAACUGCUCAGGCUGCAGCUCCAUGAGCAAACAGGCGAGGAGACAGCUGAACUUCUGCUACAAAGCAGCUUCGAAACAUUAUCUGGCUUCAAUGAGAAAUUGCGUCUGCUGUUUCGACUUAUGCAGCAGCCGCUCCAAAAAUCGAAGAUACUGGAGUACGCGAAGCUGGGCAAAACAUCUUCGCCUCCCACCAGCACAAUGGAGAUCGAGCGUGCAGUGCAAAGUCUUUCCAGCAAGAAAGCUCUUCCGAAAGGACAAGCGCCAGCCGGAUUUGCCGAUGACUUGCAUAUGCAUUGGGUUCUGGAUGAACCACGCCAUUUUCGCAACGCCUGUGCUCAAGUAGGCUACAUCCUGGCAGAUCUCACAGAAAUGGGAAUGCAG